CCGCGCGGACCUCCGCGCCAGCAAAAACUAUCGCACGGAUCGGAUACCAUCUGUAAUCGGCAUAAUUCGAUAUAGCGCGGCUCAUCCAAUUAUGCGGCUGUGAGCCUUCGCGCGGCGACUGGAGACGAGACGCGCGCCCCGCGCGGCGCGGCGCCCUCGCGUGGUCCGGAGCUGAUGUCAGGCGAGCUGGUGAGAUAGCUGGACAGCAUGGAGUACGGGUACUUGAGCGGGGCCGGCGGCGGCUUCGAGGGAGGAUGCCUGGGGUCCGGCGGCGGCGAGCUGUCGUGGGGCGAGCUGGCGUCGUGCGGCCAGAUGUCGCAGGCGGCGUACCGGUACCAGGGCAUGAGGUACCAGCCUCCGCCGCCGCAGUGCGCCCGCCCGCAAGACGCGGCCAUGAGAAACCACCACAUCUUCCCGCCAGCGAUGAAUCUGCAACCUGGCCUUCCCUACAAAGUAUACGGCAGCCACGAAGGCUCGCUGACGGAGAAACGAAAACAAAGACGAAUCCGGACCACGUUCACGUCAGCUCAGCUGAAGGAGCUGGAGCGAGCCUUCCAGGAGACGCACUACCCAGACAUCUACACGAGGGAAGAAAUCGCCAUGAAAAUAGACCUCACUGAAGCGAGGGUACAGAUUGUGAGGCUACUGUGA